AUAUUUCUUUAUUUAGUGAUUGAUUUAAGACACUGAUUACCAAUACCUAAUCCCCAAUUUUCGAGUGUGAAUCCAACGAUCAUCAAAAUGAGAUAUAUCGGAACGGAAAAUUCUUAGAAAAAGAAAACAAAUCUGAGAAAGUGAUUGAAGAGUGUGUCGUAAAGCAUGGCAGGGUUACUGGCCUGGGCUGCAGAUGUGGUGGGUGGAGGCGGAGGAAAGGAAGAGGAAGAAGAAGACGGCGUCGUUUCCAGUAUUCCAAUUCUCUUCUCCGAUGAUCAGCAAAACUACGUUAACGAACUCGAUCGAAAGGCGAGCUCUCUCCGGCGUUCGAUCCACGAUCUACGGCUGAGAUUGCCUCCCCCUGACAUCUCCCAAAGCCUCCCUCAUCUCCACGCGCACUCCCUCGCUUCCAACGCCGCUCUCACUCUCCAAUUAAACGCCCACUCCUCCACUCGACAACAGGCCCAUCUUAGAGAGGUGACGCUGAAGGAAGAAAAUGGUGCGUACGAGAGCGCGAUAUUCAGUUGCGAGAAUAAGAUAAAGGAGAAAUUGGAAGAGCGCGAUAUAUUGAGGCGGAAGUUGCAGGAGAUGGAUGAGAUUGAGAAGAAACUCAGAGCUGAAUUGGAAAGCCAUGCUUGGGUUUCUGAUGGGUGGGGAGAAGAAACUGAAGAAACCAAGCUCAAUUCUAAAGAUGCUGAUGCUGUUGAUGAGGAAUUGGUUAUGCUUGACAAGUUGGAAAAUAAGAAGAAAGAACUGAGUGCAAUGGAGGAUACUGUACAAGAGUUGGAGAAGAAAUGGGCUCAAGUGCAGGAAUAUGCCCUUAAACAGCCUUCCCCAGUGCAAAGAGAGAAGACAUUGGAUAAACAGCUUCAUGGUCUAAUUGAGCAACUAGCAAUUAAACAGGCACAAGCUGAGGGCUUACUUAGUGAAAUUCAUCUGAAAGAGAUGGAGCUGGAAAAAUUGAAUGGGCAGUGGAGACAAAUUGAAAGCUACAAUUCAGAAGUGAAUACUGCUAGGAAUCGUUUUGGUAAAAGCUCCUUUGAUAAGGUACAUGGUUUGUCUGAUUAUGAUGGUCAUCAGAGGCUUCCAUACCAUUCUGCUGGCAAAACUGAAAGCCAGCAGAGGCUUAUGCUGCUGAGGUCGGCAUUUGUGCUUUAUAUUUUAGCUUUACACAUACUAGUAUUUAUCAGGAUAUCUUUUUAACCAGCAUUGGCACAUUAAGAUGACAUGUUAAUUUUUACUGUCCAUGAUUGAACCUUUAUUUGUACUAAUUAAAAAUGUCCUGCAUAUACAAAGAAGUUUGUGCAAAAUUCUUAUUCAUGCUUUGAAGUUUGAUCAAAAUGUUGCAUGUGUGUACAGUUAAAGUUGAGGGAAAGAUAAGUACAAUAAAAUGUAGUUGCU